CAUAUUGUUGCAUUGACUUUGACUAUUGAUGUCACUCGAAAAAUAAAUAUUUCUUUUUUUCGAAGAUGUAAUUUGAAUUUCAGAAUUCAGAUAUAGUGUAACGAAAUGAAUUCUCCUGAUAUAUUAACCCCUUGUAGUGCCACUGAUAGCAACGAUGCCAAGGAAACGAUCGGAUCUAGCGAUGUACCUAAUGACGAAUACACUUCAGCCCGUGAACAAGCCAUUGCAAAUUUUCAGAAGCCUAUUUUACCCAAUGUCAAUAUCCCCGAAAGGAUUAUUAUUUGUUUAGAUGUAUGUUGCGACAAUCAAAAUUCAUUGUAUCGAUUGGGCGAUGGAACUACUUUUUCUCCUAUAAAUAUGUUGAAAAGGGUGCUAGAAUUCUUUAUACAUUCGAAACAAGCUAUUAAUAAGAGGACUGAGUUUGCCUUGAUUAUUUUAAGAGAUGCUGAUGCAUAUUUGUUACAAAAUUUUACUUGCAGUGUGAAAGAUGUUAUCAAUACAAUUGACUAUCUUCAUGUUGAGGAUUGCAGUUCAGACAAUUUUGAUUUCAAACAUGUAUUUGAUAUAGUAAAGAGAGAAAUAGAGAUUCCUGAAUAUAAGCAAUCGGAAUGCAUGGCUCCACCUCCAUAUAUUGUACGUAUGCUGAUUCUUUAUGCUCGUUCUAACUGUGUGCCAUUGAUACAAGAAGAACCUUACUUGAACUUUUUAAAAAUGCAAAUGUAUUUCUACAUAGACAUUCUCUUUGCUCAUGAAGAAGAAUGCAAUGUGUUCAAAUGUGAAGAAAUUUAUGAUGCAUUGCAAGAUUUAGAUAAUGGUUACUCUUUUGUAUUUGAAGUUUCAAGAAAUGCAGCAAAAAUACAUGAAUGCAUUGCUAAAUUAUUAGCACAUCCUUUACAAAGGCCAUUGCAGAAAAAUACUGAUUAUAGUUUUGGUAAUAAACACUAGAUUUAUUCAUUAAUGUAUGUGUAAAGUAUAUCCAGAUAUUAAAUAAUGUAUAUUA